AUGGAGCGGAAACAGAUCAGCAUUGUAUCAAACAAGAAGCUGUUGCAUAGUUCCUUGAGACCUGCUUGGGCAACAGAUAAUGAAAAGAAGAGUAAGAAGGAGAAGCCAAAGUUCAUGCUGUCCACAUGGCGGUUACUGCUGCAACAUCUUGCUUACUGCUGUAGCGCAACGUCACUGCACUGCUUUAAAUAUCUGAGUGACCACAAAUGUUCUUGGAAGGAAAGGUUGUUGUGGGUGUGUGUGCUGUCAGCUGCAGUGUUCGCCACAUGUCGCAUGAUCUCUGACCAGUUCCACCACUACUACAACAACCCCAUCGUCUACAGCACAUUAGCCACUCGUAAGCUCAUCAGAGACAUCCCCUUCCCAGCUGUCACUAUCUGCAGCCACAACCAGAUCCCUCCCUCCGCCUUCAACUACUCAGAAACCGUACUCAAGCCCAAGGAUACACUCACUAAGAAGGAGUUUAAAAGGAACGAUUUUUGUGAGGAGGAGUUCCCAGCCUUAGAGUGGCAACGGGUCUUGUUAGUCAAGCCAUGUGACUUUCUCCAACAAGUAUUGCUGUGGCACGGACAUUGCUACACCUUUAACAUGAUGCCCUUCGAGCAACUCUACCAGCCUGACUACACUUACUGGUAUUCCUCUCUCUUUCAGUCCGUCAAACCAAGUUCAUCUGUGGCAGGAAAUGUGGAAGCAGUUUUUCGUUCAUCUGGCCAACAUUCCUAUUCAUCGCUUGAGUGGCAAAGUCAAAUGCCAGCUGCUCCGUGGACAACCAACGACUCGUCACUUGUUGGGGGAGCCAUGUUCACACUCAACUUUCGGUCCCACGACUUUGACAACACUUGCAGUCUUGGAGAUAAAUCAUUUUCGGUAAUAAUCCACCCACCUGACCAAAUGGCUGACUGGCACCAACAAACCCACAUUGUUCAAGACAACUCCGUAGUUCUGAUCAAAGUGUUUCCUGAAGUCAUUGAGCAUUCUAAAGCGCUUGAGUCUCUCUCACCAUCACGUCGCGGAUGCUACAUCAACGGAGAGAAACAGCUACGAUUCUACCAAGUGUAUAACAAGCACAACUGCGAGCUGGAGUGUAAAGCGAAUAUUUCAAUAAGAGACUGCGGUUGUGUUCCUUAUUUUCUCCCAAGAGAAGGAGACACUCCAGUGUGUAAUCGGGCAAAAAGCAGAUGCCUCUUGGAAGCACAACAAAACAUCAGUUCAAAAUGUGAUUGUCUACCCAGCUGUAGUGGCAUUAAUUAUAGUUCAGAGAUGCUUUACAUUAAAAAACACAAGAGGAUUCACCCUUUGUGA